AUGCUGAGAGUUAAUCAAAGAAGAUUCAUAACAACAUUCUAUCAAUUGUUUCCUCGGACGUUCCCUAAAGGUGAGCCAACUUGGAGCUAUGAACCAGGUCAACUACGUAAAGAGUACCGAGCAUUACAAGCACAACACCACCCUGACAUGAUAUCCCAAGCAGACUCUUCAAAUGCUACUAAUGAUGGUGGAGAUCAGUCAUCGUUGCUUAAUAAAGCUUACCACACGUUAAAGGACCCACUACUGAGGUCGCAGUACGUAUUGAAGCUGAAGGAUGGCAUCGACCUAUCUCAAGAGCAGGUUGCGCAGGAAAUAAUGCAGAGAAAUCCCAUUUUGCUAAUGCAGGUACUGGAUAUCCAUGAACAGUUGGAAGAAGUUGAGAAUGAAGAAGACGUAAGAGUUAUAGAAAAGGAGAACAAACAGAGGAUCAAGGCCAUUGAGUCACAAUUGGGCAAAUGUUACACGGACAAGCAGUACGACCGAGCAGCAGAGCUCACUGUGGAACUGAGAUACUGGGUGAAUCUGGCUAAGGCUAUUAAGGAAUGGGAACCCGGGAAACCUGUCAAUUUGACCCAUUAA